GGAUACUAUUUAUAAAAAAAGCGUAAUAGGGUAUCUCACCAUUUUUAAUAAUAUAUUUAAUCCUUUGACAACUAAUAAAUUGCAUAAUAAUUUUAUUAGUAAUUCAGUUUUUCUGUAAUGGUUGUGUUUACUCAUGAUACGCAGCAAUGUUAUAGUUUUCGUACGUAUAUAAUUGUUUCAUGCAGUAUCAAAAUGUUAGACGUACAAAUUUAAAGACCGUGUAUUGCAGUGUACGGUUAAAACAAUUACAAAAUAUUACGACAAGAUAAACAAAGUAUUCCGAUCAAUGAUGUUCGGUUAUUACAUUUAGUUGUUAAAAUACAAAUAUGACAACUACGGAGAUAAAUUCAAUAUCAGGCGAGGAAAGUAGCGAGGCUUCGGAUGAAGAAGCAAAAUCAGAAAUUGGAAUGUCUGAAAAAUCAAGCAAAACAUCUUUAUGCAAACUUGAUGAAAAAGGCCGAUUAAAUCUUCAAAAUAUACUGUCAUCCUUCAAUGGUCCUGUUGGCGAAGAACAAGCAUGGGCAUUAUGUUAUCAGGCUGCUAAAACCUUAUCUUCUCUUCCACAAAAUAAGUGUUAUAAGCUGUCAAAGUUAUCACAAAUAUUUCUUCACAAAGAUGGCAAUGUUUUUAUAGAUACAAAAUGCUCAGUUGUCCCUGAACAAAAAGCAGUUUAUUAUCUGGGAACUAUAAUUUUUAAAGCUCUUGAUUUUGGCUCUAAAAAAGGAGAAGAGAGAACUUUGCCCCCAGCUUUGGAGAAGCUUGUUACACUAAUGACAAAUUCAGAUCAAGAUUCUAAAACUGAGACAGAUACAGAACGUUUACAAGAAACAGAUGAUGAAGGUAUUGAAAGAGAUUCUGGAGAAAUGGAUAUAGACGAAUUCGUUAUGGAAGAAACUGAUUCCCCAUAUGAAGGAAAUUCAUCUACAUGUUCUUUGAAACAUGUUUUGAAUUUAUGUACUAUACAUAUGGAGACUACAACUGAAGUAGCAGAGAUGCAUUAUCGUGCUGUCAUACGGGCAUAUGUAGCAGAAGCAUUGGAAUUAUCUCAAUUUUUAAAAAAAGUUGCAACAAAUAAGCUUCACGAGAGUGAAAAAACGUCACUUACUACAGAUAAUUCGAAACACGGAUCAACAUCGUUACACGAAUUAGAUACAUUAGGUUUCAAUGAUUGGGCAAGAUUUUGGGUUCAAGUUAUCAGCGAGUUAAGGAAAGGCGUUAAAUUGAAAAAAGUAGAAGCCAAUUUACAAUCACGAGGACAAGGACAGAGACGAGGUGCAGAAUUCGAAUUAACGCCUUAUGAAAUUUUAAUGGACGAUAUUCGGGAACGAAGGUAUCGUCUGAAAAAGACACCAUCGCCAACACCCUAUUCAAAGAAGGAUGUUCAUGCUAUUAUUCUUGAAUUUAUUCGAAGCCGGCCACCUUUGAAAAAGGCAUCCGAGAGACAAUUACCUCCGUUACGGAAGGAAUGCACUCUUCGAGAAUUGCUGAUGGAGAGUAUAAAAAAACCCCCGAAGCCUUUACGAUCGUCACGAGACAGAUGGCAAAUUCCUACGGUUGAAGAAAGAGCACGAUCGAAUGAACAGACAUCCGACGGUAAUAACGUGAAAGAAAAUGGGUCACCGACCGUACCAAAGCCUGCUCGUAGAGAUUCCGACGGUUUAAAUACCAGACGGACUAGAAAAGUGAUCCCCGUUGAUUUCGAUUUGAAGCUAGAUGCGGAAGAUGAAGACGAUGAGGAUUAUAGCGAUGAACUGAACGUAGCGAGAUUCGAAGAGGAAGACGAGGCCUAUGAUUACCCAUUUGAAAACCGUGAUAUUUCAAACGAUAAUAAGGAUCAUGAUCACGAGAGAGAUGACGACGAUGCGGAUUCAGCGAAUCCUUGGAAAAAAACUGGUGGUCUUCGACUUACGAGAAACGAGUAUCAUCGUUUCUGCGAUACUCAACUGGAAUCAUACGAUCUUGCGACUCAAUGUCCAUCUAGAAGAGCUUCGGCAAGGAAACACGCAGCUAGGCGCAAUAUAGCUCUUACAUCUUUUACUGGGACAACGUCUCUUCCUCAUUCCAGACCUCAAAGUCGACAAUACAUAAGCAUAACAGGAUCUACUUUGAGUCAAGGCACUAGUCCAAAUAUUAGUCUUAAUCCAAGUCCAAGUCUUAGUCCUCAGCCUAGAGCGAGACAGCCUCGGAGAUCGAAUACGGUUGUUGAAGGCAAAGAUAAUUCCGAGGAUCGGAACGUUGAUUGGCAAGAAGAUAAUACCCAGAAGCCUACUUUAGGUGAUAUGUUUUUUGAUGAAAGACUUUCAUUAACGCUAGAAGAAAUCGUACAUAUUCGUAGCGUAUUGACUAAAGCCGAAUUGGAAUCAUUGCCUGUCGAGGGUCAAGUGAAAGAAGACGUAGAGAAAAGACGUGUUUGUUUCUUGUGUCUGAAAACAAGAUUUGGUUUAUUAGGGCCAUGGGGUCAGCGUUGUCGUCUUUGCGAAAGAACAGUCUGCGUGAAAUGUUACUCUAAAAUGCGGAUUCCAACCGAACAUUUUGCUCAUGUACCGGUGGUAUUAUUGUCUCCUGGUUUAUUGUUAUCACCGUCAUCUUCUGAACCAGAUACAAGUGGAAAAAAUUCUUGGUUAAGAGGUACUGGUGCAGUUGGUUCAGCGCCAGCUUCACCAGCUUCUAGGCGUAAAGAUUCUGCAUUGCGAAGUAUAACACCUUCCUCUACUCCUGCCACUACACCCCUUUCGGCCGUAACGCCAACUUCGAUUCCUUCAUCUAGUUCUCGGCGAGAUAUUGAUACUUGUGCUACAGAAAAAAGAAAUUAUAAAGGAAGUGGUAGUCCAGCAACUACCACAACUACAAAAGCAUUUUCAACAUUUGCUAGUCCAAGUUCCGAACAACGAUUGGCGGCAGAACGAUUACGAGGUGUUGCUAUGGUUGUCUGUCACGACUGCCGGAUCAUGGUGAUACAAAUUAUUAAAAGUUCGAGGACAACUCGAGCUACGAUACGCAACAAUGUUAUUUCUCGUCUUACUUUAAGUCUCUCACCUGCAUAUGUUUAAAAUCUCUUUACUGAGCUAAAAUCCAAAAAUAUUAUAAAGCUCGGUUAAAAAAAAAAAAAAGGAAAAAAAAAGAAAAAAAAAAUAGACAACCCUGCAGUUCUAGUGAUGGAAGAUAAUCUUAAAGAAAAAAAUGAAUAUAAAAUAAUGUAAGAAAUAACCUGUAGAUUAUAGAUCCUUUUUCUUGUACAAUAUCACUGUUGAUCUUCCACAGAUACAUUCCAAGUGGUAACUAAGCACAGUUUAAAAUCUGUGAUUACAUCUUUGGCAUGAUCAAAGAAUAAAGCAGGGGAUGUAUAUAAAUCUUAAGAUAUGUUAUUAAAUAAGUUUAAUUAUAUGAGUAACAUUA